AUGAGUCAAGGUAUGAGGCUCAAGCGGUUCUUGAGCAGAAUCAUCCGAUGGAGGCCUCUAAGCUUGGCACAGCUGUUGAUCCUUUUGUUCACUGCCGGUUUAACUUUUAUAGUGGUGUGGAAUACCGAGAUGCCAAUUCCGUAUAUUUCAUAUGAUACGGAUGAUAUGGAUUCGAAGAGAGAUUGGGUCUUCAAUAGAGGUUGUGUCGAUACACAAGAAUAUCUCCAAAGGAAAGACUACCAUAAAAGGAAUGCAACUUUUGUAAUUCUAACAAGAAAUGAGGAAUUAGACGAUAUGCUGAAAACUAUUUAUAGUAUUGAGAGUCGUUUUAAUCAGUGGUUUGAGUAUCCUUAUGUAUUUUUAAACAAUGAACCUUUCACAGAACAUUUCCAAAAUACCAUUAAAGAAAAUACCAAUGCUAAAGUAGAAUUUGGUGUAAUAGAUGAAUCAAUGUGGGAAUUUCCAGAGAAUAUAAGAAACUCUCCUGCUUUCGAAAACUUUCUACAAAACCAGGGUGACAGGGGUAUUUUAUAUGGGAACCAGGAAUCUUAUCAUAAAAUGUGUAGAUUCUAUUCCGGAUUCUUUUAUAGACACCCUUUAGUGGCCAAAUACAAAUGGUACUGGAGAUUAGAACCUGAUGUCGAAUUCUACUGUGAUUUGACAUACGAUCCAUUCUUUGAAAUGGAAAAGACAAAUAAAAAAUAUGCAUUCACGAUUAUGAUCCCAGAAUUAUACUACACAAUACCGAACUUGUUUAGAUACACUAAGUUAUUCAUCAGACAAAACAAACUUAAAACAGGGUCUCUGUGGAAAUUAUUUGUCGACAAUUAUGAAAUUAUAGAUAGUAAAAAAUAUGGUGAAUAUGAUGACUUCAUAAAUCAUAAGGAUGAUAUUUCAGUAAAAUUACCACAAGAAGUUGCAAUUGAUUAUCUGCUUAACGAAGAUAAAAACGAUUCUGAUGGAUUAAGAAAUUUGAUUAAUAAGGCUAAGUCGAUAACCCCCCUUCAAGAGGAGAAGUUUGAUAACGAAGGUUAUAACUUAUGUCAUUUCUGGAGUAAUUUUGAAAUUGCAAGAGUUGAUCUUUAUACGAAUGAAGUUUAUGAGGAAUACUUCCAAUUCCUCGAAGAGAGUAACGGGUUUUGGCAAGAAAGAUGGGGUGAUGCACCUAUACAUUCCUUAGGUCUCUCAUUAAUAUUAAACUUUGAUGAAGUACAUUAUUUUAGAGAUAUUGGUUAUAGACAUGGUGAAAUCAAGCAUUGCCCUAAGAACUUUGUUAGCGAUGAUGAGAAUAGAUCUUCCCAACUGCCGUAUCAAUCCAAACAUGCUAAAUAUAACAGAGGCUUUUUCCAUAGAUAUGACAAGGGGCAUUCUAAUGGUAAUGGUUGCAGAUGUAGUUGCCCCCCAUCAUUUGAUGUUGAAGACACUGCAUAUUAUUGCAUGUACAAAUGGUUUGAAAUGUCGUUUGCAAACCCUGACACCAAUUUAGGAGACAACACACUUCCCGGUAACGAACAUAAACCUUUAGAAGACGUCAAAGACACAUAUGAAGAGAUUGCUAGUCAAUUUUAUGCAUCAAAAGGUAAGAAGCCUCCCAAAGAUGUAGGAUCGAAAUUUCAUAAACCUAAAGUGAACUAA